CAAAUAAUAUUUUGUUGUCUUUCUACUUAAAUCAAUCAUGUAAAUUUUCAAUUUAACAUUUAUAGUACCUUCUUUUUGCUAUUCAUAAUUUAUAACACCCAAAUUUAUUAUCAACAAUAAAUAGUGCAAUUGUUUUCGUUUCUUCUUUCAAAAUGCAUAAUUAAAAUAUUGAAUGUCACCAAGUUUGUGAUGGGAAGAUUUCAGAAUCGAGAUCCCCAAUUUUGUUCAUUUCCCCUCCCUACCCUAGGGUUCUCGUUCUCGUUUUCGGCCAUGGAUGCCCAGCAGCUCGUGCCUCUGCCUUUGGAUGCUAGUCCCGAACCUUCAAGCGAAGGCUCCACCCCCACCUCCGGCUCUGGCUCGAGCAAAACUGGGCUUGAAUCGGUGCCAAAGAAGCAGAAGGUAUCAUGUUAUAAAGUGGCUGCAGCGGCGACGAGGUCGCCGAUGGUGAUGGUAGCGGCGAUGGUGAUAAAAUAUCAUGGGCGAUUUGUGGUUUUGGCCUUCUGGGAAGAAAACCAGAUAACUGGAGUUUGCGGGAACAGUGGGGCAGCAAGUAGAAUCCUUGAAAGGGAACCAAUAAUCCUAUUCGAUUAUGCCAGUGUAUUCAAUUCCUGCGUGAUGGGAAGAAUAAUCAUGUUUCUGGGAAAAGGGGCGAAGAUAGUGCCAAAGGACUUUGAUCUCCGGAAAUUUUUGGAAGCUUAAUAAUAUAUAUAUGUGUGUGUGUGUUUCAAACAUGAAACUUGAAAAAAGAUUGUAGCGUACUGGUGUGAGGGCUAGCUGUGAAGCAGAAAUAAUGGGUUCGAGGUCGUCAAAUUGCCAGAUUCUAUCUUAAUUUUCUUUUUUUUUUGGUUUUAUCAGGUUUUCCACCUUUUGCUUAAGCUAAAUAAAGUAUGUUCUAUGGU